AUGAAGUCUCUGAUCAGCAAGUUCACAUGGCCUUUGCCAUUGUUGCUGCUGCUGCUGCUGCUGCUGCCGCCACCAAAGCUGCACGGGAACUAUUGGGAUUACAGGGAAUAUGAACUAGAGCCAGAACUACGUGACUUCCUUAGGGAAUAUGAGAGUACAGGACCCACCAAACCACCCACCAUAAAAAGAAUCAUAGAAAUGAUCACUGUUGGUGAGCAGCCUUUGGAUGAGUAUGGUUACUGCGACACUGAACUCAAGACUAAACAGAUUCACUAUAAGGGGCGCUGUUACCCAGAACACUACAUUGCAGGAGUGUCCUAUCAAAAGCUAAUAAAAGCCUGUUCUGGUGAACGAGUGCAGUGUAAGAAUGGCGUUAAAUUUUGCAGAAGAGGCACGGAUCUAAUAGAGGGAGUGCGGUGUGUUUUGGAAACAGGAAAGCGGAUGGUAGACUGCACAUAUAAAACCAUCCACAUGACUGGUUAUCCAGUUGUCUCUUGUCAAUGGGACAAAAAGGCCCAAAUAUUUAUUCCUAACCAUAUAUAUAAUAUGUUACUACCAGAGUAG